GACAGGAAGUAGUCAGCGAGAGGCGGAAGUGGAGUGUGCGGGAGGAAGCGGUGGUUCUCACCGGACUGAGACUGGUGGAGUCCGGGAGGAAGAGCCGCCAAGAUGAAGGUGAAGAUGCUGAGCCGGAAUCCGGACAACUACGUACGCGAAACCAAGUUGGACUUACAGAGAGUUCCAAGAAACUACGAUCCUACCUUACAUCCUUUUGAGGUACCACGAGAAUACGUAAGAGCUUUAAAUGCUACCAAACUGGAACGUGUGUUUGCAAAACCGUUCCUUGCUUCCCUGGAUGGUCACCGAGAUGGAGUCAAUUGCCUGGCAAAGCAUCCAAAGAGCCUAGCUACUGUCCUUUCUGGGGCAUGUGAUGGAGAGGUUAGAAUUUGGAACCUGACUAAACGAAAAUGUAUUCGUACAAUACAAGCACAUGAAGGUUUUGUACGAGGAAUAUGUACACGCUUUUGUGGGACUUCUUUUUUUACUGUUGGUGAUGACAAAACAGUGAAACAAUGGAAAAUGGAUGCACCAGGCUAUGGAGAAGAGGAAGAGCCACUGCAUACAAUCUUAGGAAAGACAGUGUAUACUGGAAUUGAUCAUCACUGGAAAGAUCCUGCUUUUGCCACAUGUGGACAGCAAGUUGACAUUUGGGAUGAACAAAGAACCAAUCCUAUAUGUUCAAUGACCUGGGGAUUUGACAGUAUAAAUAGUGUUAAAUUUAACCCAAUUGAGACAUUUCUUUUGGGAAGUUGUGCUUCUGACAGAAAUAUAGUACUAUAUGAUAUGAGGCAAGCUACUCCUCUGAAAAAGGUUAUCUUAGAUAUGAGAACAAAUACAAUCUGUUGGAACCCUAUGGAAGCUUUUAUUUUUACUGCAGCAAAUGAAGAUUACAACUUAUAUACUUUUGAUAUGCGUGCGCUGGACACACCUUUAAUGGUCCACAUGGAUCAUGUAUCUGCAGUGCUUGAUGUGGAUUACUCCCCUACUGGGAAAGAGUUUGUGUCUGCUAGUUUUGAUAAGUCUAUUAGAAUCUUUCCUGUGGACAGAAGUCGAAGCAGGGAAGUGUAUCACACAAAACGAAUGCAACAUGUUAUAUGUGUAAAGUGGACUUCUGACAGCAAGUACAUUAUGUGUGGGUCUGAUGAAAUGAACAUUCGUCUGUGGAAAGCUAAUGCUUCUGAAAAAUUGGGUGUGCUUACAUCAAGAGAAAAAGCAGCCAAGGAUUAUAACCAGAAAUUGAAGGAGAAAUUUCAGUAUCAUCCUCAUAUAAAACGUAUUGCUCGUCAUCGACAUCUACCAAAAUCUAUCUACAGCCAGAUUCAGGAGCAGCGCAUCAUGAAGGAAGCUCGUAGACGAAAGGAAGUGAAUCGUCGUAAACAUAGCAAGCCUGGGUCUGUGCCAAUUGUGUCAGAGAAAAAGAAACACAUAGUGGCUGUUGUGAAAUAAUAUUUGAUAUUCCUACCAAUCCUGGUGUGUAAUUAUUGUUGCUUUAAACUGGGAACUCUACAAAUAAAAGUACUGGCUCUAGUUUAAU